AUGGCCGCAAAAUCCAGCAACGAGCACUUCAGGCUCGAGAACCUCUUCAGCGUGAAAACCAAGGUCGCACUGGUCACAGGCGGCGGGUCCGGGAUCGGGCUGAUGGCCACACAAGCGCUCGCGAAGAACGGCGCAAAGGUUUACAUCACCGGCAGAACAGAGGAGAAGCUCGACCGGGUGGCUGACCUUUACAACUCCAACGUGGAUGGCGAGAUCAUCCCCAUCACCGCAGACGUGACGGAUAAAAAGUCUAUCGACAAGCUCGUUAAGGAGAUCGGGUCGAGGGAGAAGUAUCUCUCGAUCCUGGUAAACAACGCCGGCGUGAGCAGUGCCACGCAGACGGUUGAGCACGAGGACCCAGAGAAGCUCCGCAAGGCGCUAUUCGAGGAUGCAUCGAGCAGCAUGGAGGAGUGGGACAAAACGUACCGGACGAAUGUGGUGCAGUGUUUCUUCACGACGACGGCGUUUCUGCCGCUGCUGCAGAAGGGGUCGGAGGUUGAGAAGGGAUGGUCGAGUACUGUUGUGAAUAUCUCGUCGAUCUCAGGGAUAAUCAAGGCAUCGCAGCAUCAUUUCGCGUAUAAUGCGUCCAAGGCGGCGACUAUUCAUUUGACUAAAAUGUUGGCGCAUGAAAUUGCCAGCUCCAAUUUGAGAAUUAGGGUGAAUAAUAUUGCGCCUGGCGUGUUUCCGAGUGAGAUGACGGCCGGAGAGAGCGACGAGAAGCAGAAGAGUGCGAUUCCGAAGGAGAAAUACGAGCAGAAGGUUCCAGCAAGAAGGCCGGGCAAGGAUGAGGAUAUGGCGAGUACCGUGUUGUUUACGGUUGCAAACCAGUAUUUGAAUGGGCAGACCAUUGUUGUUGAUGGAGGUUAUGUGCUGGCAACGGGAACUGUCUAA